GGGGCGGGGACAUCGGGACUGCGGCGGCGCGGACAGCAGCGCAGCGGCGGGGACCACAGCGGCCCAGGGUCGGUCUGGGGUUCUAGCAGCCGGCCCUGUCCUCCCAGCCGGCUUCGGAGAAGAUGCCAGAACAGAGCAAUGACUACCGUGUGGUCGUGUUCGGCGCAGGCGGCGUGGGCAAGAGCUCGCUGGUGCUCCGCUUUGUGAAGGGGACGUUUCGUGACACUUACAUCCCCACCAUAGAGGACACGUACCGGCAGGUGAUCAGCUGUGACAAGAGCGUGUGCACACUGCAGAUCACGGACACCACCGGCAGCCACCAAUUUCCAGCCAUGCAGCGGCUGUCCAUCUCCAAGGGCCACGCCUUCAUCCUGGUGUUCUCCGUGACCAGCAAGCAGUCGCUGGAUGAGCUGAGCCCCAUCUACAAGUUGAUCGUGCAGAUCAAGGGCAGCGUGGAGGACAUCCCCAUCAUGCUGGUAGGGAACAAGUGUGACGAGACGCAGCGGGAGGUGCACACCCGCGAGGCGCAGGCUGUGGCACAGGAGUGGAAGUGCGCCUUCAUGGAGACGUCGGCAAAGAUGAACUACAACGUGAAGGAGCUGUUCCAGGAGCUGCUGACGCUCGAGACGCGCCGCAGCGUCAGCCUCAGCGUGGACGGCAAACGUUCCAGCAAGCAGAAGAGGGCCGACCGCAUCAAGGGCAAGUGCGCGCUCAUGUGAGCCCGCCAGAGCCAGCUUGGGCCUCCCGGGCUCCCUCUCCCCUCCCUCCUCCCUUCCCUCCUCUCUCCCCUCUUCUCUGCUCUUCCCUUCUCUGCUCCUGCUCCUUCUCCCUCUCCUUCCUUCCUUUGCCUUGCCCCUCCCUCCUCUUCCCUCCAUAUUUCUCUUCCCAUUCCCAUCAGCCUACAGUCGGGUUGGGCUCCAUCCCGGCCCUUCACACCUCCAUGGCUUCAUCCUUUGCAGACCUCUCCCUCUAUAUCUCUCUGCCCCCACCCCCAUUCUAUCUGUACCCCACAACUACACACUGGAGGUUUGAUCCUUGCGGAUCGAAAACAGGGACCUGGCUAAGGAACUGCUUGUCCCAGUCAGGACCAGACAGGUUACCUUGCCUCUCCAUCUCUGUCCCUUUCCCCAGGUGUUCCCAGCCAUGCCCACUAUCCCUGUCCCUCACAUUCUAUCACUGUGACCUCUGGGGAGUGGCCACUGACCUCAUCUUCCUUCACUAAUAUCUUAUUUCUUUCACCUGAUCCUGUCCUUUUCCCAUGACCUCUGACCUGUGGCCUUCCCUGGGUCCAGAACACCCCUGUCCUCUCCUGUCUGCACACUAGGGUGGAUGGGCCCGAGGGCUGGGCCUCAGGCACCAGGCAAUAAACACAGGGCCUGCAGCAAUGCCCUGGCCACCCCAGCACCACCUCUGGAAUGGCAGACACCACAGCACAAACCCAGGCACACGGGGACCCUGAGCCUGGAGUGUGGAGCAGCUGCCUGGACACUGCCCACCUGGACAACAGCCUUCUGCUGAGACAGGAACCUUGGCACAGUGGUGCCUCGACAGCCACCCUGACUGGGGGUUUGGGGUGCCGAGGAUGGGGUGCCCAGCUGAGGGUCGAUCGGCAAAGCCCCUGUGUGAGGCAAUGGGACCAGUGUCUGCUGCCCCAGGGCUCUGACAGAACCUGAGCCCUUCUGCUGGUCACAUGUACUCCAGAGACUGUCCCCCAUGUCUGUCCUGAGUUACGGAACCCCUGCAGUAUCUGCGAGACUGUCCAGGAGACUUGAGUGGCUCCUGGGCCUGUGUCCCACCCAUAUGAGGGUGACUUAGAAUUCUGUGUUUAUGUGCCUGUGUGUGUGGAUGGGUGUGUGUCUGUCUUGGGAUGGGGUGUUCUUGCACCACUCUGUGUUCUUAAUAAGACCACAGUGUAAGUGGCUGUGUGUGUGUGUGGGGGGGGCACUUAGACAUUGUGGUGUGUCUGUGUGGCUCUGUGUUUUCAGGGGUGGGUGACACAGGCCUGUCUGAUGAGCACUGGGUCCUGUUCCAGGCUGUGGUGAGCUGGCUCCUGGCUCAGAAGUGACAAAGCUGUAGUACAGAGGCCUCAGUGUGAGGUCAUCACCUCACAGCGGUUGCAGACCAGGCUGUGGCCUGGGUGAGCUGGAUCCUCUACUUGAGGGGUGUAGGGGGUGUGGGGGGAGUGGGAGAGAGAGAGAGUGUGUGUGUCAUGGGGGGAGAGAGAGUAUGUGUGUGUGUGAGAGAGAGAGAGACAGAAAGACAGACAGACAGAGACAGACAGAGAUAAAGAAGAUAAAGAGAGACAAAGACGUGGACACAAAGAGACAGAGAGGCAGAAAGAAGGCUGAAGCCAGAUGACCAAGUGGGCCAGACCUCACUGUGCUCCCUUCUGUGUGCCAGGCACAGAGAGAUGCCCAGCCUGAAGCCCGAGUCUGAGCAUAGCUGAGCCCUGACCUCCAGCCAGUCCAGGGCCCCCACAGCUGCCACCUGCUCCCAAGCCCCGGGAGUGGCUCCUGGCUGGACAGGGGGUCACAGCCCUUUCUCAGGGACACACCCUGAUAGCACAAUCUCUGGACCACCCCAGGCUUCUCCUGGCCGGCCUUGCCCAUCCUGGGGAGAACCGAGCUGGGUGGCAGGGGAGGCCGGAGCCCACCCUGGCUGCUGGCCAACCUGCCCAGGCAUCUCUGGUGCUGGGGACCCCGCCAGGCCUCGCUUGCUGUGACCUACCCCUGCCCCCCGCAUGUGGGAGCCCCGUCCCAUGUGGGGUCUGUGUACCGUUCUCUCGUAGACCUUGUCUUCCUGCAAUAAACACGUGGAUCCUGCCUCCCCU